AUGUACAUAAACAAGCAAUACUUUGCCUCCCUAACAAUCACCAUCUUGGAACUCCCUGAAAAACAAGAGGGCAACCCUAACUGUCAGAGGGCAGAGAUUGGACUGGAAAUGGGAAGCAAGAGACAGAGCAGAUGGUCUAUUUCCACAGCCGCACCCCCUUUCCCGACUCCCUCCCUCCCUCCCUCCCUCCCGCCUCCUUUCUCCAGCCCCUCCUCCCACUCGAGCUCCUCCUCCCUCCCUCUUUCCCCCGCCCAGCCCUCUCACGCCCCACCCCCCAAUAUCGUCGCCUCUCUGAGGCCCCGCCCCUUCCCGCCCCCGCCCCGUCCCCCUCCCCCGCCCGGGGCCUCCCCCGCAAUUCUCGGCGGCGCCGAGGGGGGCGCUCUGGGCUCGAGCUUAAGCUCGCUGGGCUCGGGGGCUCAGGCUCCCGGCUCGGGCGGCAGGAACCGCGGCAGGAGCAGUCACAGCGGGCAGGGGCCGCCUCUGCGGGGCUGGGGCCGGGGCUGGGGCCACAGCUGGAGAGCCGGAGCGCCGGAGCCGGGACCCAGAGGACGGACCUGGGACGGAGAGCAGAGGCAGCGGAGGCAGAGGCAAGAGCGCGGGCGGGGCAGGAGCGGGCCGGGCCGGGCCGGGCGGUCGGCGCAGCCCGAGCUCAGCUCGGGCUCCGCUCGGUCUCGGCUCCGGCUCCGCGCCCCAGCCCGCUGCCCUCGCUCUGCGGACUUCUCUCCCCGCCCCGGAGGCCGCCAUGGGGACCGCCCGGGGCCGCGCCCCCGCCCCGUCCCGCCCGCCGGGCCUCCUCUGAGCCGCAUGGGCCGGGCCACCCGCCCGCCCCGGGACCGGGACCCGCUGCCGCCACCGCCGUGCGGGUGA